AUGUUGUUGAGGCUGAAGAUUGUCACGGUUCUCUCGGUUUUCCUCGUCGAACUCAGUUUGGCUCAGCUCUCCGGAGCUAUUGGAGGAUCUGGAAAUGCUUCCACUUCCACCAACUCUACAGGAAUCGGAGCGACGGCCGUUCUCUCUGCAAAUGUGACUAUUCCAACUAUUCCUUCACCAAUCGGCAAUUUGACAAUAGUCCCUAUCAACGGAUCUCUGCCCAGUCCCAUGACGAACUCCACGGCACCUAUGCAAAGCGGUCCAAUUAUUCCGAGCAACUCCACUGGUAACUCCUCUAUUCCGCCACUGCCUGCACUCCUUGCCAACGUCUCCUCAGUCCCACUUUUGCCGACAAUGACUAUUCCGGGAACCAAUAUAAGCGUGCACGCCUCGAAUAUCACAAUGCCACCUUUUGGAAAUGGAGCUCCGAUGAACGGAACCUCACCUCAAAAUGGAACCUUUCCACCUGGUAAUGGACCUAUGAUCCCUCCAAUUGGAAAUUUGACUGUCCCUCCUGCCAACGGAAACCUUCCAUCUUUUAAUGGAACCAUGCUCCCUCCAGUUUCCAACGGAUCUCUUCCAACUUUCAAUGGAACCUUUCCACCUGGUAAUGGACCUAUGAUCCCUCCAAUUGGAAACAUGACCAUUUUUCCUGCCAACGGAACCCUUCCAUCUUUCAAUGGAACUAUGCUCCCUCCUAUUGCGAACGGAUCUCUUCCAGCUCUAAAUGGAACUAUGCCACCCGUCAACGGAACGUUUCCACCUGGUAAUGGACCUAUGCUCCCUCCAAUUGGAAACCUAACUAUUCCACUUCUCAAUGGAACUAUGCUCCCUCCUAUUGCGAAUGGAUCUCUUCCAAUUCUCAACGGAACCCUCCCACCUCUAAAUGGAACUAUGCUGCCACCACUGGGCAACUCUACCGUACUCAACUUCACCGCCAUCCCUCCCGUCAUGAUCACCGGUCCGAUUUCGGUGACGUUACCUCUCGGCUCCACUCGUCCAGUCCCUGUGAACGGUUCCCUACCGGCCAACUCCACCCUUCUCCCUCCACUUGCACCCAACUCCACAGCGACCAUUCCAACGAGAACUUCUGUUCUAACCACGAAAACGGCGCCUUUGGCCAACUCAACCACUGGAGACUGUACUUCUGAGUACGCAUUGGCUAAAGCGGAUGAAUGUGUCCAGGCGGCAGAAGGACUCGGCUCAAAGAUGAGUGCAGUAACCGAUGGAAACAUGCUGGCUGCUAGCACAAUUGAGGACAUCAAUGACUUUUGUUCAGUUUUCAAGGCGAGACAUUUGCACUCUAGAUCCAAUUAAAUCGAGUUCGUUCCAGGGAUGCCAGUCAUUUAUCACUCAGUGCGGUUCCGCAAACAGCACGCAGGUGGUCUCCACAAUCCACGACUUUUGUCUCUUCUUCAAAUUUUUCACAAGUCCGCUUUUCAUAAAGUGCACCAGCAAGUUGGAGGCGUCCCAGAACACGCCCUGCUUGGAUAAGGCGUCAGAGGCUAUUUUGAAUUUCAACGUGAGUGGAAGAGCACAUCCUAAUAACGCAUUUCUCAUUUCCAGAGCACCGCCACCGACAGAUGUACCGCAUUGAAAUCGAUGAACAACUGUGCCGUGUCGGAAGUCGAGAACACGUGCUCCAUUUUGGCCACGCAAAGUUAUCAAACGUUCAUUAGUCGUCACUUGUCCCAGAUGAAUUGCUAG